AUGGCUGAUUUUGGAGAAAUCCUGCGGAAUAUCGGAGAGUUUGGACUAUUUCAAAAAACCAUCCUGUUUGCGCUAUGCUUCCCAAACUUCUUCCUGCCUUUUCACUUCACCAGUGUGUUUUUUGUCCAAUCCGACCCGGAGAGACACUGCGACACGGACUGGAUCCUGGCCGCGGCCCCCAACCUGACCCUGGACGAGCGGCUGAACCUGACCCUGCCCAGGGAGGAGGACGGCAGCCUCAGCCGGUGUCGGAUGUUCGUCCCCGUGGACUGGGACCUGGACGCCAUCAGGAAAUACGGCCUGAACGCCACCACGACGUGCCGGGACGGCUGGGUGUACGGCCACACGCCCUACCAGUCCACCAUAGUCACAGACUUUGAUCUAGUUUGUGAUGAUUCUUAUUUGUUGGAAGUGGCACAAGCCGUGCUAAUGGCCGGCAUCCUGAUUGGAUGUCUCUUACUUGGACCUUUUGCUGAAUCGUUUGGUCGCAAACGUGCUACUCAGAUCCCGGUGGUUUUGAUGCUCAUAUUUACUGUAACAACUGGAUUAUCUCCCAACUUCUACUUGUACCUGGUGUCGCAGUUCAUCGUGGGAAUUGGCUACGGAGGCUACCGACUUAAUGGAGUUAUACUGGCCACUGAGUGGAUCGGCGUGUCCAGGCGGUCGUGGGGAGCGUGUGUGACUCAGCUUUUCAGCGCCAUCGGGCAGUCUCUCCUGGCCGGCCUGAUCUACUUUGUCAGAAACUGGAGGCUGGCUCAGCUCAUCACAGCGGUUCCCUUUGCCAUCGUCACCAUUUACAUCUGGUUUAUUCCAGAGUCAGCCAGGUGGUUGUUGGACAGAGGACGGACAGAGGAGGCUAAACGGCUGAUCACCAAAGUGGCAACCAUCAACAAACGUACCUUCCCAGACUCUCUGCUGGAAAAGAUUGAUAUGAAAGGCUCUGAGAAAAAGGAUGGCGUAGUAGUUCUUUUCAAAUCCCCUGUGCUUAGGAAGUAUUUCCUUACCGUUAUAUUGGCUUGGUUCUCGCUGAACGUCACCUACUUCAGCCUUUCCUUCAAUGUGGGGAACUUCGGCCUGGACAUUUUCCUGACGCAGGCCAUGUUCGGCCUGAGUGAGCUCCCGGCUCACAUCCUGUGCAUCUGGCUGCUGGAGUCAGUGGGCAGAAGAGUGUCCCUGAUGUCCACUCUCCUGAUCGGAGGGCUACUCUGCAUCUCAAUCCUCGCCGUUCCUCAAGAUAACGCCGUUGCUGUCACCGCCUUAGCGGUCGGUGGUCGAUUUUUCAGUAACUGGGCCGGGUCCAUAUGUAGCGUCUAUGUUCAGGAACUGUUUCCGACAUCGAUCCGACAAACGGCCUCUGGUCUGGGCUCCAUCGCCAGCCGAGCUGGGGGCCUAGUCUCACCGCUGCUCAACAUGCUGGCUGUGUACCACUGGUCAAUUCCCACCAUAGUCUUCAGCACCCUUAUGCUGAUUAGUGGAGCUCUGAGCUUUUUACUUCCUGAGACCAGACGGAGAGAGCUACCGGAUUCUACAGAUGAGGCCGAGGGCAUCACAAACAAGAGCACUGUGAAAAGCAGAAGUGGAUCAAACGAACCUCCAGAGAGCAAAUCAACCAAGCUGUAAUCGUAAAACUUUGAAGAUUUUCUUUCCUCUGUGUCUGGGAGUUUGCCUUAGAAUGAUCUUUUACAUUUCCCAUUAGGGAUCAGUCUCACUAACCAUAACAAGGAGACGAUUGCUGUAAAUGUCACUAAGGACACUGAUACUACUGAGUUAACUUGGCUUUUAGGGACUCGAGUCUUAGAAGGGUUUCUGAGUACAUAGUUCAAGUUACAUAGUUAUUUUCCCCCAUAAGAAACUGUUAAUGACAGGAGAUGGUAGUCUUGUCUUUUUGACAUAUAGCAGUGGAAAUUAGACGGAGCGUGUUUUUUAAGUCAAUUUUAGAAGAGUGAAGCUGGAUUUGGAGAAUGUUGAUGUUAAUUUUGGCUUCCAAAUAACCAUAAUAACCAAUUCAUGGAUUCAUGGGAUAAUCACGAAUUGUGCUUUCUCUGUUUAUAAACUCUUUGGUUUAUAAAGUUAUUUGUAUGAACAGAAACACCACUCUAACCUUUACUAAUAUUAACAUUCUGUGUAUACCUUCAAUCUGAUAAAUUGACAUCAUAUAUAUGUAUGUAUAUAUACUUUUAGAGGCGUCUAGCUUCUACUAUAUUGUUUAAGCAAUGUUUUGAGCAAUGUUCUCAUUGGUAACGCUGGAUCUACGUGUGUAAGUAUAUGUAAGUGUCCUAUUUCUAGUUAAACAUUAAACUUUAUAUGUUUCCGAGGAGUCCAGUAAAUAUGCACCUUUGUAAUAAGAUCUCAGCUUAACGUUGAUAAAACUGUUCUAUGAUCUC